GGAGAGGUGGGGUGGGGGGGAAGAGAAACAGGGCUGGCAAAAAUAAGGCAAUCAGAGAAACAGGCGAGCCCGGAGCACGAACGAUCCAAAGUUUGUUUCAAAAUAAGUUAGUAACAAAUGUCAUGAAUUCGCCGCUAGUGGUAAAUAACGCUGAAGAGAGACAGGACAAGCGACAUAAAGGGAAAGGAGACACAGCGGAACAGAAUGGGAGUCUGCAGAAGGAACAGUUGGAGUCCCCAAACUCUGCAGAGAUACAGAUUGAGGACAUGGAACUCCGAGAAGAGUGGCAGGAUGAGGAGUUUCCAAAACCUCUUCCUGAAGACAAUGAUGCCCUAAUUGAGGAUGAUCUAAAUGCCAAUGCAGAAGUCAACAGACCUGUGGCACCAAAAUCUCUACAGCUCUAUGGGAACAAGAAACGACUCCUUGCACCAGCAAUCAGUUUGAACUUGGAAGGUAACGAGGAGGUGACACGCUCUGAAGAGAGGACACCAGAUGAAUUGGAGGGGGAUUCCUACGAUAUAAAUGUAGAUGACUUAGAAACUCCUUCAGAAAGUGAAUCCUUUGAGUUGCCGGAGAAUGGUAAUGAAUUUGAAUGGGAAGAUGAUCUGCCACGGGUGUUUCGCUCAUUAUCUGACACAGAUAGUUUCCAGGGCCACGUGACAGAUGAAGAGACGGAAGAUGGCAAGUUGUGGAGGGUCUUCCAUAUUGGGGAGCAGGAAUAUCGAGUGGAUAUGGCCGUUGUGGAUCCAUACAAGGCAGUAAUUUCUCAUGGAGGUUGCUUUGGAGAGAACCUAACGGCAAUCAUUUUGUUUUCUUCCUGCUAUUUGCCUGAAAGCAGUCGUCCUGACUAUGAGAAUGUAAUGGAAAAUCUCUUUAGGUAUGUUAUCGGAACUCUGGAAUUGCUGGUGGCUGAAAAUUAUAUUAUUGUGUAUCUAAAUGGUGCCACGACACGUAACCGGGUGCCAUCAAUCAGCUGGCUGAAGCAGUGUUACCAGACUAUUGACAGGAGGUUACGUAAGAACCUGAAAUCUCUCAUUGUUGUCCAUCCAUCCUGGUUCAUUAAGGUGAUAUUAGCCAUUACCCGGCCAUUUAUAAGUACAAAGUUUAGUAGAAAAGUUCGGUUUGUCAGUAGCCUCCAAGAACUUUCAAAGUUAAUUCCCAUGCAACAUGUACAUAUCCCAGAAUGCAUAAAAGAGCUGGAUGAAGAGUUAAAUGGAAAUUCAGAAACCUAGAGAAUCUGAUUUUUCGUUUUUGGUGGAAAUCUACUGGAUUGCUUUAUAUCAAAUGUGGAAAAGAUACUUUUUGAAUAAUAAGCAUAUGUAAGCAAACAAUGUAAAAAAAAAAUCAAGAAUAGUGUUGGGGAAUAUGGAUUUCUUUCAAGUAAAUUUCCUCCCAGCACACUCUUAACAGUGGUCUAUAACCAUUGGAAUAACCAUCAUAAUUUUAUAAAGCCUGGAGACCAAAGGUGGUGGGUUCAAUUUCUAAUACCUGCUGUGCUAGCUGUGUUCUGCAAAGGUGUUAUAGUAAGACGAGGCACCUCGGGGUUGUGGAAGAAAUACAUUGACUUGGGUUCUUACUCUGCACCACCAACCAGCAAUUACCUGCAGAAAAAUGCUUAUUUGUGGAAAGUGGGUGAAGGGAGGAUUAAAAACUUGCACAGAUCCUGAGAAUUGGUGUGUAAGAAUGGGCAUGAAGAAUGGUGAAUUGGGUGUAAGAAGCAGAUAUGGCCAAUAGUUAUGCCAAUAUCAAUUACCUCCUGCUAUUUUCAAUUAACAACAGCCAAGGUCAAAUAUACCAACAAUAUCAGCAUAAACACACAGAGCGUGCCUUCUGGUAAGAUAUUUGGGAUGGUUCUUUCUCGUAUGAUCCCAAAUUAAUUGAAUGCACUUGUUCUUUUAUCUAUUUUGUUGAUUGCUUAUUAAGUGGAGAGUAAAGAAAACCGCUCUAAUUCUAAAUGAAGCCAGAAGACUGGUUAAGCUACUUUUUUUGUAACAUAUUGGAGAAGAAAUAGAAUCUACUACAUGUGGGUUUCACAUUUCUUAAAUGCAUCACAAAUUAAACUAAUUCUGACACCCAUAGUUUUCAUUAAAUGGCAAAUUGUAAGUUCCUCCCUUUCUUUUUGGGUUUGAACCACUAAUAAUUAUAACUGCAACAAGCAAUUUCAGUUUUGAGAUUGAAAGAGAUGACUAGUUUGUUGACUGAAUGGUAAUUCUACAAUUUCUAGUAUAGUCCUUGAGUCAGAGGUUGAACACAAGCUAUCUGCUUACUCCCAGAAAAUACCCCAAUUCCAGUAAGUCAAAAAUAUCUUGCCUCUGUAUAUUGAUCCAGGGCAAAUGUAUUCAUGCCAUUAGUGUUGGCAGAAACUGGAAUUGAGCCCCAUGUCAAUCCUCUAGCCGACACAGGGAAAACGUCCAUAUUUUUAUGAUAAACCUCAGGAAAGAGUCUCAUUAAUACAUACAUGUGGUAUGGAAUGUCUACAAGAGUUUUAUAAUAUUAGUACUUAUCUGUUUUAUUUUAAACAAAAAUCUGUUUUAAAAUACUAAUCUUUUUGAAAAUUCCAUUUUCUCACCUCUUGAACAGAAAAAAAAAAGUGAACAGGAAGUUGAAAUAAAAACCCAUCCAAGUAAGAGUAAGGUUGAUGAGAAAGAGGAAAGAUAAUCUCUAACCCCUGUACAAUCAGAGAAGGUUUCAAUUCAGUCUCUCCAAUUUGAUAUACCAUUCAGUGUUAUUGUGGCUGAUGUGAAGCUGACCUAGUAUACUUCUCCGAUCUUGAGUUCUUGCAUCUCAUCUCUUGAGUUGUCUCUCUCAUAAUCUGUAGGUGGAAACCCCUUGAAAUCCAUUUCAUAACUCCCCAAAUCCAGGAAAAGAGGUUAAGAGGAUAGAUUGAUAAAAAGAAGAUAUCAGGGGAAUGUAAAGAAUACAAGAUUCUCGACCCUAACCUUUCUAUACUUUUAAGUAUUCAGCUAUGGGAACAUGCAUACAAUUCAAGGGUUAUUGAUUGUGUAAUUAUUUCACUACUACCAGCUAAUAGAUUUAGAGUACAUUGUGAUUUUAAAAUAACCAUUUUUUGUUAUUGAGGCAUUUUUCACUUCAACACUGCACUGAGUUAGAAAGAACUGUCAUUGUAAAACCGUUGGUGAUAGAUUCUCAAUAUUUUGAUGGAAUUAAGGAUUCUUAAAUUUGGAGUGUCAAUCCUUCUGUGUGAAUGUACCACUGUGUUCCCACAAGUCUUAUUUGUUCGUGCCAAUGUAUUGUAACAUACAAGACAAUUCUACUUGUCUGCCAUUAUGCUUCAGUGUUUUUUGGAACAUUUUCGUGUUUAUGUUCUGAGCACGAUGUUCUUGCACAAUUUGGAAUUGAGGUUGUGCCUUGUUGGAAUUGGCUUGAAUAAGUUUGUGGGAAAUAGAUGGGGACUGUGCCUGGUGCACAGAUCUUUCUGCAAUGCAGAGACAGAAAUAGGAUGGUUUUCAUGUUGAUAGAGCUGAGUGGAGGAAACAACCUAGGAGCUGGUUACAUUUUGGAAUAAGCGGCUGACUAAACUUGUCAAACAAUACAAGGCACAUUAUUGCAUUCUAGCUGGACCUUUGCACAUGGAUUGUCAUGAACUGGGCUUGUGUGUUUCAAUUGUUCAAUUUUCCUCCAGUCACUGGAGGUUUGUGUUUGGACCAUAACUGUAGAUGUUCAUAUUUAUAUCACCUGUAGGAGAAGUAUUAAAAUACUAUUGUAUAAAUGGCAAUCGAGUUCAAGGUACAUUUCAGUUUUGCAAAUGUUGUCUUUUCUUGUAUGCUUAUUUUCUAUGCUAGUUAUGAUAAAUUGGAACUUAUGAAAGUA